AUGCGACGACACCGCCCCUCGGCACCGCUGUCCCUCCUUCCGGCUCUGGCGGCAGUGCUGGUCGUAUUGGGCAGCUUGGGAUGGACUGCGGCCAGUCCAGAUGGCCUGCCGGCUGGCGCUACCUGUGAAACCAUAGUCCCGCCCCACGGCAGCAACUCGGGCAGCAUCCCCGCCAUGAGCAUCUCGCCGCUCAUCGAUCCCGAUCAGGGCUUUGUUCCCGGUCAAAACUAUUCAAUCACACUCGCAGACUUGCACCAGGGCUUGCUAUUGGCCGCGACACACGGCCAGCUGCAUCAUGACACGGGGGACUAUCAGCACUACAUCUGCAGUGACGUGGAAAGCUUUCCUACCGCGCUUUGUCACAGCAAUGCCGACAACAAAUCGGAUGUGGCUUUUACUUGGACUGCGCCGCACGAUGCCUUUGACAAUGUCACCUUGCGCGUGGUCUCCGUCCAGAGCUACGACACCUGGUCAACACGCUCCCUCCUGCUUGCGGCCUGCAGCAAUGCUACAUCGUGCCACCUGUGUGCCGAAGGAUACCAGCUGGCUGGGGAUCAAUCUUGCGCUCCCGUAUCUACAGGGAUCCUAUUGGGAGUGUCUGCUCCGCCAACAACCACAACCGCCCCUAUUUCGAAACGCAACUUUACAGGGGCAGCCGUAGUGGCCACGCCCAGUGGUUGUGCAGAGACCAAUAGCUGCACUCUACAGGUGAAAUGGAAAGCCCGGGAGUCGCAAGCCACUUCCCGCCGACGCCGCGAGCCCGACCUUGUGGAUUUUGAGCCAGAUUCGGACAUUUACGUCUUCGACUCGACGGCAAACACCAGUCUUCAGGUGACGAACCGAUAUGCCACAAUGCAUGAUGAUCCCGCGAUUGCGGCAGUUUUGGGUACCACGGCAACAACCGCGCCUGACGCUCAGGCUGUCAAGGCGUGCGGUCCCUCAAUGUCCGCCCUGUGGUUCAUUAUUGCGAUGCCACCAACGGCAGGCAUCUGCAUGGUUUUGGCUUGGCUGCUCUUCAUGCCGGGAGGGGCGUUGGUGGCCCGCUUUCUCAAGGAGCAUGGGCUGUGGUUCCGCAUGCAUGUGGGAUUGCAAUGCAUUACCGUUCUGCUGACUGUGGUGGGCUGGAUCAUUAUUCUGCUCCACGAUGGGGACAACGCUGGUGUUCACGGCAAGCUUGGCAUAGCAGUUCUUGCUCUUGCCUUGGUACAGCUUCUGCUGGGUUUUGGCAGAAACAUUAUUAGUGGCACGCCAGCUGGAGAGGGCAAGGGGUUUGGGCCCCGACGCUGGCUUUUCAACUACAUGCACUGGGGCAUAGGCCUUGGCCUCUUGGUCCUCGCGCCCGCGACCAUCUGGUAUGGACUUGACAAACUUGGAACUGAGGAUAACACAAAAUAUGCCCUGUACGCAUGGGGAGUUGUAAUCACAAUGUCAACUGUGGUUCUCGAAGUGCUACGACUUCGACGCUCGGGUUCCGCCCGUCUUGCGCAAGAGGAGGCUGGUGAAAUUGCCCACAACGCCCUGGGACGUAUGGCAAUCACUUCUGUAUUCGCUUUGGCUGCUACGCUGAUUGUCGUGGUGGUUCUGAGCUAUCUCAUCUCGGAUGCCCCGCGCAGCUGA